AAUCAUUUAGAGAAAUUGGUACUAUGCACACGAGCAUUUUAGUUGGCAAAAGGUCUAUUUUUACCUAUCAAUAGCUAUUGCCAGGUCUAGGUCUGUUCUGUAAACUUUACAUCGGAUAUUUUUGUUCAACGAUGAUGGGACACCGCCGGUUUCUCAUAUGUGUCAACCCAGUUGGCCCAAAAAAAAUGAGGAAAAUCAUUGGAAGGAAAAAAAAAAUAAAGAGACAGAAGAGAACACGUCCUCCAUUCCAAUCAUUGAAACCAAGCUCUCGAUUAGAGAAAAGAAAUGCAGCGCUAGUCGUGAUAAGACAAAUAAAACUGUUACCACCAAUCAUGGUCCUGUAACUGCUACAAAAUUAACAAGUGAGAUUGGACGACAAAUGCAGCAACCAGCGAGUAAUAAAUAUAAAAAAACAAUUUAGACAAGCCAAGUUUGUUGAUGCACCCUCCAAUCACAAGCCAAGUUGACCAAAUUAACUUCUAUGCAUGCAGUCUCUAUGAAUAUAUAUACAUACACACCAGCCGGCCGGUCUCAAAGUCCCAAGCAGUGAGCUAAUUGAGCUAGCUUGGAAGCAACUUCCUCUUCCAAAUUAACCAAAGCUCAGUUGCUAUCUUCUUCUUCUUCCUCUCGAUGACAACGCACUGCGGCAAUGGCCACAAGUCCUCGUCCAAGGGCGGCCCGAACGCGGUGAACAUCGCCGGCCGCAUCGCCGCCAUGGCUCUCGCCGUCGCCUCGGCGGCGCUCAUGGCCACGGCGAGCCAGUGCACCGUGCUCCUCCCCAACGGCUCCCCCGCCCACACCGUCACCUACAGCGACUUCAGCCCCUUCGUGUACCUGGUGGCGGCGAACGCGAUAGCGGCGUUUAUGGUGGGCGCGGCGAUCAUCCUGAGCGUGUGGAAGAAAGGCAAGGGGAAGCCUUCCAGGUUCCUCCUGCCGUUCCUCGAUGCCGCCGCGCCGGCGCUGCUGUACUCGGCCACCGGCGCCGCCUUCGCCGCUGGGCAGUACAUGUCCUACUGCUCGACCCAAGGGCGGCGGGUCAGCGUCUGCGAUGUCGUCGCCGGGGAAGGCGCCGUGAGAGGGACGACGAGGAGCUUCUGCAGCCAGGUGCACAUGGCGAUGUACAUCUCGCUGGCGGCGGCGGCGGCGGCGUCGGCCGCCGAGUUGGCGAAGAACGUGCCGCUGUCGCUGGGCUGUGGGUCCGACGGGUCAGACUCCGAGUCUGAGGCCGGCGGAUGCGGCCAUGGAUGCCACAGCAAGCAUUAAUUAGGAACUUGUUUUGCCUUUGUGGUUAAUUUGAAUAAAUUCGCCACAUUUCUAGUUAAUCGUUUGGGAGUUUGCAAGCAUGCGUGUGCAUGGUGGCCAAGUUUGUGCGUAUCUGAAUUUUGUCACUGAAGAUCUUUUGUUGGGAUGUUUUGCAUUUUGUGUGCUGCUCUUUUGUAAGUAUCAGGAGUAUAUAUUUAUAUAAGAAGUGUAUUGUACAAUGUAUUAGUACAUCUGUAAUACUAUUUGCAUUUUCACUCUA